AUGCCUUUGUCCUUAGAAAAUAUAACUGAAAAGUUAAAAGAAUAUUUAAUUUCCAAUCAAUUACUCGAAAAUAACAAUAUCAAAAUAGUUUCAAAUGGUAAAAGUAGUUCCAUAGUUUAUACACCUAAUUUACUAUAUAAUAAUAGUAGAACAUCUAGGGAUACAGAAAUAAUUUUGGUUUUAUUACCAUCACAAAAAAUAAUUAUCACUUUGUCAUCAAAUGAAAAUGUUCUAAACUCCAAAAUGUUCAAAGUAUCUGAUGAAAAACUUUCUACUGAAUUUUUCACCAAUUUUUUCACUAACAAGGGCACAUAUGGUAAUACAGUUACUACUAACAGCAAUACAGUUACUACUAACAACAACACUCCAACUAAAACUAAAAGCUUAGCAGAUCCCAAGCCUGGUGAUGUACCACGUUCAUCAUCAACAAAUAACGACAAUAGUAUUAAUAAUAAUAUAAAAAAUCCAACAUCCACCAUAACUUUGCUGACUGAUCCUGUGUUGCCGAGUAAUAUUCCUGAUACGAACAAUGGUUCUGAUUUUAACAUAAAUAGCGUUCCAAAAUUUGAAGAUGAAUAUGAAAUCCAACAAAAUGCAAGGAAGUCUACAAAUACCAGACAUUUAUUACAAAAUUAUGGCGAUCAAGACUUGAAUCCACUGGGUAUAAAAUCUAUUUUAAAUACAGGUGAUAAUUCUAAUAAUGUAUCCAAUGGUGGUAUGAUAUUUGAUCCGUUUAGAGGUGGAGAGAAUAAUGCUAACAAUAAUAAUGGAGAUGGGAAUACCGGACCACCUUUCCCCGGCGCUAGAUACUCAGAUCCAUUUGGACAUGGGACUUAUAAUAAUGGUAGUAACAAUGGUAAUGGGUUUAUUUGA